GUGUAAACUGUUGUCGGGAGGUGGACAAAAAUGUCUGAGCGCGUCAAAGAGAAGACAGUCAGCGCCGCCAGAUUUUUGCUACGUAUUGUUAAGCGCUCGUUAUAUCGUGGAAUACCUAACCUGCUGAUCUAUUAACACAGCGUUUUAAGGCACAUUUAAGGUGGCUUUAGGCACUUAGAGCUGUGCAUCUCAGAAGAGGUGAGAAAAGCAUUAGACUGAAAAAUAUUUUUUUGCUUCCAACCGAGCUGUUUUUCUCACUCUCCCAUCUGUUGGAGGACUUACGCCAAGGCUGUUUCAUAAUUGCAGAUUCAUUUUUUUUUUUUUUUUUUCUCACCAAUGCUAAGACAGACACUUGCUCUUGGUUAAGAUACUUCAAACAUCACUUGGCACCUUUUGGAAAAACUGUGGUUGUAGCCGCCUGACUCCUCAGAGACGGGUGGGUUUCCACUCAACUUUUUUGUCUCAUCAGUAGAUUUAUCUCAGUCGUUUCUGUCAGUCAGCUCACAACAAUGAUCCACUUGUGCAAAGACAGUAGUCCCACUUAAAAAUCGUAGGAUCCUUUUGUUCACCUUGGCUGAUUCUUCAGCUGUGUCCUAAUCUAAUAUGAGUUAUGAGAACUCUAAAUCAUUGGCCAGCACCAACACUCGGGGGCGAGUAGCUGCUGUGGAAAACACUGAGCUAGAAACAGACUCUGCAGGAUUAAACUCCCCAAAACCCAACAGUGGUCAGCUCAGUACCAAUGUCACCAACCAGGACCGAGCUGUUGGCGCCAGAGGAGGUUCUUCUCCCAGCAGUGGCUCGCCCAGCAACCGGAGGGGUCCCACCUCCGACGAUAUGGACGGCCUCUCCAGCGGGAAUGACUCUGGAGAGAGGGAGAGCGAGGGUGGAAUGGAGAGGGAGAACGGGUCCCGCGGGCGCCAGUCCACACGCAGCUCGCAAAGCUCAUCGAACGGCAAGGACUCGGGCAUGAUUGAAACCACAGACAGCAACAAGAGCUCCAACUCACCCCCCAGCAGCUCACUGGCCUACAGCCUGCUGUCAGCAAGCUCCGAGCAGGACCCACCGUCCACGUCCGGCUGCAGCAGCGACCAAUCGGCGAGGCUUCAGACCCACAAAGAGCUAAUGAAGGCUAUCAAGGAGCUCAAGCUCCGCCUGCCAGCCGAGCGCAAGAACAAGGGCCAGUCCAGCACCAUAACCGCUCUCAAAUAUGCCCUGCAAUGUGUGCGACAGGUUCGAGCCAACAAGGAGUACUACCACCAGUGGAGUGUGGAAGAGUGCCACGGCUGCAGCCUGGACUUAUCUACGUUCACAAUAGAGGAACUGGACAAUAUCACCUCAGAGUACACCCUAAAAAACACCGACACCUUCUCCAUGGCGGUGUCGUUCCUAUCUGGGAAAAUUGUGUAUGUGUCACCCCAAGGAUCAUCUCUGCUGCGCUGUAAACCUGAGUGUCUGCAGGGGACGAUGUUUUCUGAGCUUUUGGCCCCGCAGGACAUCAGCACGUUCUACAGCAGCACGGCGCCCUGCCGCCUGCCUUCUUGGGCUUCCUGCAUCGGUUCCGCUCCUCCUCUGGUUGACUGCACUCAGGAGAAGUCCAUGUUCUGUCGAAUCAGUGCCGACCGGAGCCGAGGCGGUGAGAUCCGCUACUACCCCUUUCGCCUCACGCCGUACCAACUGACCAUCAGAGACUCUGACGCUGCCGAGCCGCAGCCCUGCUGCCUGCUCAUAGCCGAGAGGGUCCACUCUGGAUACGAAGCUCCCAGAAUUCCACCCGAUAAGAGGAUCUUUACCACCAGCCACACCCCCAGCUGCCUUUUCCAGGAUGUUGACGAGAGGGCAGUGCCGUUGUUGGGCUAUCUGCCUCAGGACUUGGUGGGAACUCCCAUCCUGCUCUACAUCCACCCUGAAGACAGGCCCACGAUGGUGGCUAUACAUGAAAAGAUCUUUCAGUUUGCCGGACAGCCGUUUGACUAUUCACCUCUGAGGAUGUGCGCCCGCAAUGGGGAAUACCUCACCAUCGACACCAGCUGGUCUUCAUUUGUCAACCCCUGGAGUCGGAAGGUGUCAUUCAUUGUCGGGCGGCACAAAGUCAGAACGAGUCCACUGAAUGAAGAUGUGUUCACCACGCCAGCGAGCUGCGAGAGCCGGACCGCCAUGCCCGAUGUCGUCCAGCUGAGCGAGCAGAUCCACCGGGUCCUGGUGCAGCCGGUGCACAGCGGCAGCUCUCAGGGCUAUAGCUCGCUCGACUCCAGCGGCUCGCGGGGAUCUCGCCACUCGCAUCAGCAGCACCUCAGCGCCUCGGCCACCUCCUCCAGCGACAGCAACAGCCCAGUCGCGGAAGACGCCGUCGCCAUGGUGGCCGCACACAAACCGAUGACCUUCCAGCAGAUUUGCAAAGACGUUCACAUGGUGAAGACUAACGGACAGCAGGUUUUCAUCGAGUCCCGCAACCGGCCACCGCCCAGGAAACAAAUCCACGCAGGUGCAGCGAGCACCUUCAGUGACCCAGUCAGAGGCCUGAUAGCCGACAUGACAAAACCUCCACACACCCUGGUACCUGCACCUCUGGUACAGAAGGAGCCUCCUACUGCCUACUCAUACCAGCAAAUCAACUGUCUGGACAGCAUCAUAAGGUAUUUGGAGAGCUGCAACAUUCCAAACACAGUUAAAAGGAAAUGCGGUUCGUCUUCCUGCACCACCUCAUCCACCUCAGACGAUGACAAACAGCAGGAGGUUAACGGCAGCACUAAAGUUGCUUCAGUUGGCCUGGUGGGGGAGCCACCUCCUCUGCCUCCGCUGACCUUGGUCAAAAAGGCAAAGAGCGUUGCCUCCGUCACAUCCCAGUGUAGUUUCAGCAGCACCAUCGUCCACGUGGGAGACAAGAAGCCGCCUGAGUCUGAUAUCGUCAUGGAGGAGGCUCCUACCACUCCUACGCUGCCUUGUCCGACCACGACAGCAACACCGCUCGCUAACACGGCAGUUACCUUGCCUCCACCUCUGCCGCCGCCACAAGCCGCCCACCCAGAGUGGGACAGCCGGAGAAGUUCAAGUGUCAGCGGCGGAGGAGGCCGUCUGGGUCUGACGAAGGAGGUGCUGUCCGCCCACACGCAGCAGGAGGAGCAGGCGUUCCUCGACCGCUUCAAGGACCUGAGCAAGCUCCAUGUUUUUGACCAGACUGCUUCUUCGACUGUGCACUGCCAAACCGCAACUGCCAACCCGCUGUCACGAGGAGUUCGAUGUUCUCGUGACUACCCAGCUGCAGGAGGCAGCACCAGUCAUCGCCGUGGCCGCGGCGGUAAGAGGCUCAAGCAUCAAGAGUCAUCUGACCAGCACAGUUCCGUGGGACUAACCGGGACCCACAGAGGUCCCACAACCUGCACAGCUCCCAUGGCUCACAACAUGCCCCUCGCACCCCCCACAAACUCUUCCUCGUGGCCCUCUGUUGGCUCACAGACCAGCAUCCCCUCUGCCCCUUUUGCCCCAGGCAUGCUUCCAUUCUACCCAGUUUACCCACCGCUCACGCAGCUUGUGCCCUUCGCAGACCCGACACGUUUCAACACAGCCCAGGUGGUUCCCCCCAUGAUGGCGUUCGUUCUACCCAACUACAUGUUCCCCCAAAUAGGAGCGCCCGUCUCUCAGCCAGGUGCCACCCUCGGCCAGUUCUACAACCCCAACUUUGGUUACCCCGUAGCUGCCCCACCUGCAGCGCCCGCUAUUAUCCCUAACCCCGUGCCCAUUCCAGGCGCUUGUGCCCUGUCCCGCAGCAGCACCCCACAGUCCAACACUCAGACUCCCCUUGAGCGUGAGGGAGUUGAAUCUCCACUCUUCCAGUCCCGAUGCUCCUCCCCUCUCAACCUGCUGCAGCUGGAGGAGUCACCUAGCAACCGGUUGGAGGUUGCCACGGCACUGGCAGCAUCACAGCAGGCGACACCUUCUGUGCAGGGCGGAGCAGCUGGGGUGCAGAGCUCGACCAACCAGAGGAGCUCUGACGACGUGUCCAAGGAGAAUGAAAAUGGCGAAACCAAUGAAUCCAACGACGCCAUGUCCACCUCCAGUGACCUGCUCGAUCUGCUGCUGCACGAAGACUCUUGCUCAGGGACCGGAUCAGCGGCUUCUGGAACGGGGUCCUCGGGCACGAGGUCCUCGGGUUCUGGGUCCGGCUCUAAUGGCUGCAGCUCCUCUGGCACCAGCGGCAUGAGCAGCAGCCGGGGCAGCCACACCAGCAAGUACUUUGGAAGUAUUGACUCAUCAGAGAAUGACCACUCCCGCAAAGAGCCAGCAGGGGGCAGCAGUAGCGCAGUGGGAGAUGGAGAGGAGCAGUUUAUUAAAUGUGUCCUACAGGAUCCCAUUUGGCUGCUAAUGGCCAACACCGAUGAGAAGGUCAUGAUGAGAUACCAGCUGCCUGUGAGAGACAUGGAGACGGUGCUGCGAGAGGACCGUGAGGCCCUGAGCAGUAUGCAGAAACACCAGCCGCGCUUCAACGAGGAGCAGAAGAAGGAGCUCAGCCAGGUGCACCCGUGGAUCCGCACAGGGCGCCUCCCCCGAGCCAUCAACGUCUCUAGCUGUGCAGGGUGCAGGUCUCCCCCCUGCGCGCCUCCCGCUGCCCCGUACGACGUGGAGAGCCACGAGAUGGAGCUGUGCAGCGUGCUGAAGACCCUGGAGGCGGCGACCUCCAGCAACACCAAGAAAUAUCUGUCCGAGUCUGACUCGGCCAUGGAUGAAGGCCAUCAGGAGGACAAAGAGGAGGAGUCAGGAGUAGAGAACAGAAACAAAAGGCAAGACGAGGAGCAGAGUACGUCCUCGGAAAGUGCGGAAGAGAAGACGGGAGCUGCGAUGACAUAUUAAUCAACAGCCAAAAAUGAAGAACGUCCAAA